AUGACCGAAGCGGAGCUGAAGGAUGAAGUGAUGGCUCGUAUUGGGGCGGAAAAACAACUGCAGGCAGCGGAAAAAGCACUGGAGCACCUGGAAACAGCGCUGAAACUCACAGGAGCGCAGAUGAGUGAACUGCAGGAACAUAUCAUGCCAGACGUGCAUAAACUGCGAGGUGAAUUUUUCGAACAAUGCGCCGAAGAAGCAAAAAUGGAUGCGAAUCGCUCGAUCAUAAUGCGGAAUGCGAUCCACGCACGCCGAUCCUUGCGGCGUAGCAAAACACGAAUACGUGGCUCAUUUCGGCGCAAAUUUGUCCCCACAAUCGCGCUACAACCGGCUAUCAUGAGCAGUACUGGGAGCGUUGCAGGUGAUCAUAUAGCCAACGACGAAGAAGCAUCACCAAAAAUUGAAUCGAGCACACUUAUGCACUUGUAG